AUGUCUUUUUUGAAAGAUAUUUCCCAAAAGUUAUGGGAUCGAACUUUUUCACUAACCGGCUAUGGUAAUUCCGGUCUAUUGGCUGAUGCGGAUUUGGUGCAAUUGUUGCCGGCAGGCCAUUCUGUCGGAAGUAUUCGCACCCGUCAUCCACUGAUGUAUAUAUUUUCCGGUGGGAAUGAGGACGCUGCGUUCUUCUCAGUGAAUGGUUUCUCGAUACUUCUUGAUGGAGGCGAUCAAAUGGAUGUUCCAUAUUGGAAUCUGAUUCGUAAUUAUGAUAAAAUAUCGGCAGCAUUGAUUACUCGUAUAAGUCCAAAAUGUUUGCAAGGAAUCUCAGCGAUUUUAAUGCGAAAAUGUUUGCAAAAAUGUCAUCCAAAUUUUGGUUCUGUGAUUUGUAAUUUGCCACCCUCAAACGUAUCAAAUGGUGAUAGUGAAGCUUCAAAAGUUUUGCGCGCAAUGCAUGAAGGUCUGCGUGCGGAAGGUUUGAAACCAAUUGAGGCUUUUGCUAGUGCAAAGCUAGAAGCAAUAACUUUGUAUGAGGUGAUAGGAGAGGGUGCAUUGCGUAUGAUUGUAUUGAAUCCAGAACGUGGUUCGAAAGAUCUGAAUUCGCUUUUACAUGCUCUAAAAACCGAUGAAAAUAUCGAAAAAUUUGCUGCUUUGACAUCACUAGCACUUCUUUUGAUUUGGCAUCCAUCAGAUCAUACAUUACCUGUGUCACGGAUUCUUAUUACUGGCUCCUGUUCACUGGAGAAACUUUAUGCAUCGCUUGAAAAAUUGAAAAACGAAGAGUACUUACGUUACCCGCAAUUUACGCAAUCUAUGAAGGAGAAACCACCGGCGGCUCGUCCAGGGAGAAUAAUACGAAAACCUACUCCUACAAAAAAUCUUCCCAAUGUGUCAUUGUCACGUCCUUCAUCACUGCAAGCAACAACUCCAUCUGCACCUGCUGAACCGCUGAAAAAGGUACUUAGGCAGUCAUUAGCAGGAGUUGCACCAUCACGACUUCUUGCGAAUGCGAAGAAACCAGUCACGGAACCAACAAAGGCAUCUGCUGUGAGCAGUAAUAAAUCUCACGCCCCCGAAACUAAAGGGAGUAAGCCAGGAAAAUCUAAGCCAAGUGAUGCGAAGAAGAAUACUACUUUCGAAGUCAAGUCAAAAGAAAAUGAUAUGGGAAAAACGAAGGCAUCCGAUAAAGUUGGAAUAAAAACUCCAAUAGCAAAAGUGAAAACCCAGACCUCAGAUCAAGUUUCGACAAGCGAGGAGCCUGCUAAGAUACUGCAAAACCCAGCAGCAUCGAUGGACUUACCAUUUGUAAGUAACCCACAAAAUGCAGCAAGUCCAUCGGCAAGUCCAUCACAUCCCGAACACCCUUUUAAAGAGAAACGUUCUUUUGAAAUGGAGGAUGGAACUUCCAUAUCUCCCGGAAGUCCACAAACGCCUGAAAGUUCAGCUGACCAACCAGUUCUCGAUGAUAAUGGCUUGCUAGAUGGCAUUGAAGAACCGAUGAAACUACGUAAAAUUAGUAUGGAUUUUUCGACCGAAGACAAGGAUUUUGCUGGAAAUUUCAUGGGGAGGGAGGAGAUGAGGAUGCCUGGAAAAGGAUUUGAUCUGUUAAAUUCGGUACUACCAGCACAGGACACACCAUUACUUGAUUCUACACCAAUGACGCCAUCAGCACCAUCCGUCGCAACAGCUGAUGUGAUCCACGAUUCUUCAGAUGCAUCCGCUUUAAAAGAUGGAAUUGCGUAUCAUGAUGAUACUAACAAAGCCGUAGUUCAUAAUCAGGAGGUUAUACACAACGAAGAUUUACAAGAUCUGUUUAGUAGCGAUGUUACUCCAUUCAUGGCUGGCCUAGUAACCGGAAUUGUUGAUGACUCUUCAACUCUCGAGGAGUUGUCGCCAGCGAAUAACGAUGAGUUUGAAAUUUCGAAAUUUUCGAUAACACCCCCUUCAUUAAAUAAAUUGAAUAAUGAUACAAUGGAACGUGUGCAGAACGACAAGCAUGAAGAGGCUGAGAGAACGACUUUGCAUGAGGACACUAAAAAGAUAUCAUCCAGUAUCAAGCGUGAAGCAUUCUCGACUCGAAGAAGCGGUUCAGGUGAUUCUGUUACUGUCCAGCCGGAUCCAGCCCUGGAUGAGGUAAUUGACACGCUAGCCGAGGCAUCCGAAAUGGUUGAUAAUACAAGAAAAGCAACAUCUGAACUAGAACAUCAUAUCCGAGGCUUAACGACACAAGUAAUCAGUAAUACUCAAUCAGCAACGGCAGCGGCUUUAACAGGUUGUAUGGAACAACUAACAGCUGCUAAGAAUGUGUUUGAUGGACAAGUCACCAGUAUAAUUCAUGACAUCAAUGAUAAUGCUAAUGCGCUUGCGGACCAAAAUGCCUAUGAAGAAAAGCACGCAGAAGAAAUGUACCUUCCACCGAUGACGAGUACAGCUCGAGCACGUGUGAAACCAGUCGUUAAUGGUGUACGAAUCAAGCCCAAGCUAUCCCAACCACUCUAUUUUGAUAUUGUCUUCGUCCCACAUCAUGGUGCCCAUCCUAUGCUGAAAGAUGAAGAAGCAGCAAAAGCAUUCGUAACUAGUGUUCGAUCUAGGCGUUACGUACUGAGUGGAAGAGAUUCAAUACGAACAUAUUUUAUCGACGGUCUUAUUGCUGGUAAAGCAACGUGGAAUAAACCAGAACUUGAGGUGGAUGUACUCCCAACACAUAAUAGCGAUGAACUAACAUUGUAUAGUCAUGAAAAAGCGAAUGAAAUAGCCGAAGCGGGUAUUAGUUUACGUUGCUCGGUUGAUCGCUGUACACUGAGGCUAUCCAGUGGUGCUACUGAUGAUGUUUGUUCCGCAUUCAAAUUCGAACUAUGA